AUGAGUUUAAGUGAUGAAGAUUUAGAGAAGCGUGUGAAAGAGAAGGAUUCUACUAAGUUUAUUACAAAGAAUUUAAACUAUGAUCGUGUUAGUGAGGAAUCUUUUCCAGAGAGAGAAACCUGGUCCAAUAAAUUUGAUUUUAUAAUAUCUUGUGUUGGUGCUGCUGUGGGAUUUGGAAAUAUUUGGCGUUUUCCAUAUCUUUGUUAUAAAAAUGGUGGAGGUGCCUUUCUGGUACCGUACCUGAUAGCAGUAGCUACAGUAGGAUUUCCUGUAAAAUUCCUUGAGGUAGCUGUAGGUCAAUAUAUGAGACAAGGUGGAAUAGGAAUGUGGAAUAUUUGUCCUAUACUAAAAGGCGUUGCUAUCUGCACAUCGGUAUUUGUGUUUUUGGAAGUAUCUUAUUAUGUUAUGAUAUUUGUGUGGGUGUUGUUUUAUUUGGGUUCAUCUGUUGAUAGUCCUCUAGCUUGGAGUCAUUGUAACAAUACUUGGAACACAGAUAGUUGUUUUGAUGGUGUCGGACAACCUGAUGUAAAUAUAACCUCAACUGAUUUUAUUGUCUUAAAUUCAACUAUGAAUAUAACUGAUAAUAUAACAGUUAGUGAUAAAGUUGAUCCUUCUGUCGAGUUCUGGAAGUAUCAUGUACUGGAAAUAUCAAAAGGCCUGGAUGAGCCGGGAAUUAUUGUAUGGAAGUUAUUAGUAUGUUUAAUAGUAAUAUAUAUUAUAUUAUAUUUUUGCGUAUGGAAGGGAAUUCGAUGGAUAUCAAAGAUUGCGUAUGUAACAGCUAUUACUCCGUACAUCAUGUUGAUAAUAUUGUUGAUAAUGGGGUCUCUAAAAGAAGGUGCUGUAGAUGGUAUUAUAUUUUAUCUUAAACCAGAUAUUCAUAAACUUGCUGAUUUUAAGGUUUGGUAUGCAGCCUUCUCCCAAGUUUUAUUCUCAUAUUGCGUUGGAUUAAAUGUGCUGCCGGCUCUUGGAAGUUAUAAUAAAUUCCACACCAAUAGUUAUAGUCAUACUAUUAUUGUUGCCACAAUUAAUUCAUUUACCAGUUUGUUUUCUGGUUUUGUUAUAUUUACUCUACUAGGUCACAUGGCCUACCUUCAACAAGUACCUAUUGAUAAAGUAGCAUCCUCAGGUCCAGGAUUGGUUUUUAUUGUUUACCCACGAGCUCUAGCAGAACUUCCAGCUCCACAAUUCUGGUGUUUUCUUUUCUUUUUAACGCUGGGAUUGAUAGGAAUCGACUCAGCGAUUUUACUGUUAGAAGGCUUCUUGGUUUCUAUUAUGGAUAUUUCCAAAAGACUUGCUAGAAGGAGGGAACUGUUCUUAUUGGUUACUAUUUUUGGCACCUUUUUAUGCAGUCUUCCGAUGACAACUCAGGGUGGUAUGUAUGUAUUUCAACUGGUUGAUUAUUAUCUUUUUGGUGGUAUAUUAAUGAUGAUAAUAUGCUUCAUGGAGACUAUUGGUAUAGGAUGGCUUUAUGGUGCCGACAGAUUUUAUGAUAGUUUAGAGCUAAUGAUUGGAUUCAGAAUUAAUUUCUGGAUAAAAAUUUGCUGGAUUGUGAUAACACCUGUGACUAUUUUAAUAUUUCUGUUCUAUCAACUAGUGACAAUAGAAGGUUUGGAAUAUGAUAAAACGUAUGUGUACCCACAAUGGGGUAAUAGUAUUGGAAUAUGUCUAGCUGCCAUGGUUGUUCUCUUUAUCCCACUUUAUAUUAUAUAUGAGUUGCUUGUGAAUAGAGAGAAUCUCACAAUUAAACAGGUAAUAUAG